GAUAUGAAGAAAGAAGAAAUCAGCAUCAACAUAUGGCAACGUCAGUACUGGUAUGACAACAGGCUGGCAUGGAAACCGUCCGAGCAUGAAAAUAUCAUACAACUAGGCGUCUUCUUAAAGGAAAUCUGGACACCGGAUAUCUAUCUGUAUUAUUCGUCAGGAAAAGUUAACAAGUUUGGAAAGGACUUUCCAGGUGGCCUUCCAUUUAGUGCACAAAUAAGUAGCAGUGGAGUCCUAUUCUUCUCCCAACCAACCACAAUCUAUGCUCCUUGUGAGGUGGACGUAGGAUUCUACCCCUUUGACGAUCAGAUCUGUAAACUGACAUUCGGCACGUGGUCACAGGAUGCGUCUGUCGUUCGCAUGCUACUAUAUGAAGGUGGUUUUGACAUGACGUCUUAUCUUAAUCACAACGAGUGGGAGAUUGUGUCCGUCAAACCAAGUACACAAACGGUACAGCUCGGAUCUUCCGAGAAUGGUCACGCAAUCGUGGUUUACACGAUACAUUUGAGGCGUCACGCGUUAUUUUACAUGAUUAAUUACAUUCUACCAUCGAUUAUUAUCGCUAUCUUGUCGUUACUUCUCUUUCUGAUUCCUCCGGAGGUUGGAAAGAGGAUGGAGGCCGGCAUCAACCUUCUUUUGUGUCUGUCUGUCUACCUAAUGCUGGUGAAUUCGAAGAUGCCUUUAUCGUCCAAGUCCUUUCCUUUGCUCACCAAGUUUUAUGGCUGCACUAUCAUGAUUCUCGUUGUCUCUUUGUGUUGUUCCUGUUGGGUUUACAGUUAUUACUUCAUGAAUCCCUCGGGAUGGGAUAUUUAUCACUUGCCUUCUCUAUUAGAGAAAGUUAUUUUCAAUUUUCUUGGUCCAGCAUUGAACUUGCCUCGCAAAAGCAGGCCCUUACAGCAUUCUUCAAACCCUUGCAACAUAGACGUGAAGGGCCACGAGAAUCAAGCACUUGAUGAAAACCAAAUUUAUGGACUGGAACUUAAAGGAGCUGCAGAAGCAAACACAGAUCAAUCCAAGAGCGAAAAACGUUUGACUCAAAGUAGUAGUUCCUUGGUCGAUGAAGCUGUUUCAGUCGAUAAUAAAGAACAAGAAAGAGAGUUAAGUAAAGAAGAAUGCUCAGCUGUUAAAGAUGCUUGUGAUUCAGGUCAUGAUGAAGAAAAAGCUGUUAAGAGCAGCUUGGUUGAUGAAACUCUUUCAGUUAAUGAUACGAUAAAAAAAGAAGGAAAUCGAAGAGAAGAGGAAUGUUCAACUGUUGCUUGUGAUUCAAAUCACGGUGAAGAAGAAGAUAGGAGCAGCCUGGAUCCAUCGAUGAAGAAGAAGAAGAAGAAGAAGACGAAAAAGAAUUUACAAAAGAAAGAAGAGGAAUGUUCAACUGUUGUUUGUGAGUCAAAUCACGGUGAAGAAGAAGAUGGAAGCAGCCUGGAUCCAUCGAUGAAGAAGAAGAAGAAGACGAAAAAGAAAAAGAAAAAUGCGUCAAAGAUCAUUCAAAGGACAAUUGCAGUUAAGAGAAUUACAGGGAGUUUUGAUCAGCACAUCAAAGAAUCAUCUCGUGGCCAAGACGAUGGCGAUGACAACCGUAAUAAUGGUCAGGAUAAAAACCUUCGAGAAGAAGAACAUGCAACCGAAACUUUGUUCAGUGAGCUUACAGUAGUAACCCCUGUUCCCUCGGACUUCCCUCCCGGUCAAGACCGCCACUUACUUUACCUGGCCCAAUCGUCAAAGCAAAAGGAUCAGAAAUUUGAGAACACCGAGAGAUGGAAAUUAGCUGCCAUAAUCCUCGAUCGUUUCUUCAGCAUCCUUCUUGUCCUAAGCAUCGUAGUGUCAUUCUUAGCAUGUUUCUUAAGUUCUCCAAGAGUGCGAAUGGGUUUAAUCUAGUUGGUAUUCAUUUGUAUUCGGCCGCGUACUUUAUAAAUCUUGUUUCUCGUUGUUUAAUAUUUUCCAAUUUCAGACUAUUCUAUUGAGCAUAAUCGUCUAAUGCGCAACCGUUAAACAAAGAAAUUAUAUACUCGGGAAUGACACAUGGUCUGAAAUGGGAAAACAUUUCAACACGACGAAUCGAAUUAGUAAAGUCUACUCACUAGUCUAUAUUGGCACAUAUACUUUGGUUGCAAAUCCUUUUUGCUUGACUCUUGUUAAGGUUUAAUGAAGACUCUACAGGACUCAGAAAAACGGAGCCGGUUACUGAUGAGUUGCUGUGAUGCAAAGCAUCAAUUUCUUGAGGCUUUCAUUUAGUUUGCUUGUGAUACUCGUUGCUAUUCGCUAACCAGUGGCACUAUUAUUAGCCACUUUCAAGGUUAAGGAAAAACCUGGGUCGAGUUGGCAUUGUAGAGGGGCUGUYUUAGGGAACAUACUUCCAAGAUGGCGGCUACUUUGGCAGUCCAGAUAAUUUUUGUUUUAUGUAAAUACUGGUAUAUUCACUGAUGUCAAAUUUCAUCCACGUGAUCAUAUUGUAUUUAAGUAGCAAAUUAUUCACUUUACCACUGAUAGGUAUGUUUAUAAAUGACAGUGUAAUUUCUUUCGAGGUCCUUGGCAAUCUAUGAAGGGUAUUUUGUCCAAUAGUUAAUCAGUGGCAAAAAUGUAACGUCAUGUGAAUUAACGUGCAUGAAUCGAAAUGAAAGUCAUGUUAUACUGGAAUUUCUUAUGUGCAACUGAGUGGUUAAUGUAGCAGCAGAAACUCGUAACAGGGAAGGGGGGGGGGGU